AUGGACGAUGUUGCUUCAGAAAUAGAAUUCCUACGUGAUAAUGCAAAUAAUUCUAAUCGGAUGGAUGGUGAAGUAGAUUCUCCUACUGAACUAGAAUCAAUAACUUUAUACGAAGGAAAGAAAUUUUCUACUUGGGAAAUUUGUGAAUCGUUUUUAGAUGUAUGGGCUAAAAAGCAAGAUUUUCGAAUAAUUAAAGAUCGGGUGUUACGUGAGGAUAGUUUCGUUUAUAAACGGGCAUUUAUAUGUGAUCACGGACGAACUUAUGAAUCAAAUUCAAACAAAGACACUAGUUCUAAAAGGACUCAUUGUCCUUUUUUAGUUAAUACAUCAUGUCCGAAAAACAAGAAUCCUGAUACUUCGGUGUUUGUCAAUAAAAUUGUAGACAAACAUAAUUAUGAACUAAAUAAGGAUAGGAUUGAAUUUGAAGAAUCUAAGAAGUUUACAAGUGAAAUGAUGGAUGACAUUAAGUUUAUGACCAUAUCUUGCAAAUUUGGUGGCAUGAUAGCAACAUCUCGUGUGGAAUCUGUAAAUGUAUGUUUAAAGCAUUUAUUGCACAAUUCAAAUAUAUCAUUAUGUGAUCUUGCAGCCAAAAUUUAUAGACUUCUUGAUUUGCAAAAUAAAGAAUAUGAAUACAAAUUCUGGCAAUUGUCAAUUCCUACUACGCGUAACCAAAACAAG